AUGGGAGGCUGGGACGUCUACUGCGCUCUCUGCGGAGGGCCCAUCAGAAGAGUCUGGUGGGAUGCGGAUGAUAGCCCACACUCUGCGUACGACCGAGAAGUGUUCGCUAAUAGCGAAGAUCCGGGCCUGGAGUGGCUCGAGGAUAUUCGCCUCAUUGGGGAGAACCCUGCCACCGCCGCGGAUUCCAAGGUUUGGCUUUCGGGUCUAGCAUGCGUUGAAGAAUAUGGCACCGUGUCCUACCAGGAUGGGGAGAACCCCGACCCCGCAAUCUUGGAUUUGGAGGGUCACGAUGACGAGGGCGGGAGCAUUAGAGUCGUAUUGACCGUCGCCCUAAUGAAAAGAUAUAAUACCGAUGGAGUAGACGAUCCGUUUUGUGCCCCUUUCCAUACGCGUUGCAAGGAGGUCCUCCGCAAGUAUAUGGGUGUCUCAGAGCUCAUCAAAGAAGUAUUGCUCGAAUCCAUCAAGAGCCUGGCGGAGGAAGGUGACGGGGGGCGAGCCCUGGAUAUCGAGUAUGGCGAUAUCCGAGAACACAUGGACCAGUAUUGGUGGCCACAACCGGGCACCGAGCAUUUUGUCUGCGACCCAGUAGAGGUCAAAGGGCUGGCUGAAUUCUACAAUCAACUGCCUACACGGAAUACGAGCGACUUCGAGUCGCCCCGAAUAUAUAACACUGAGGGUGACCCUUUUAAUCGGCUCCCCGCCGAUGUCCUCUUGGUGUUGAUCUCUCUCUUCCCAUCGAUGUCUGACGUCUUCAGCCUUCGGUUAGCUUCCCCAGUAGUUGCAAAUUUGCACCUCGGCAACAGCUUUUGGCGAAGGCAGCUGAAGACUAGGAUGCCGUGGCUUUGGGACUUCCCCGAACCCACCGAUUCGCAAUUAACUGAUGUGGAUUGGAGAAAGGUCUAUCAUAAGCUGGAUUGGGGCAGCAGACUCGAGUCUCAAAGGAAGAACAAGUUUCAUGGCCUUUGUAACAGACGAAGAAUAUGGGAAACUAUCUGCCCCGUGAUUGCGGAGGCCUACGUCGGGUUUUCAGCUAAAAAUGAUGCAUGGGGUAACCCAGAGGCCCCAGUUCUAAGGAAUGUGGUGAUUAGCCCCCUAAUUCCUAUCGGCAGUCGUUACUGGACUGGGAUGGACCGAGAAACAAUGACACUUCUGGACAACUACUCGGAGAUCACCACGGCCCGGCCCCUCUUGUUGGUUUCCUGGUCUGAAGACCGCCGCAGUUUCCAUAAUAUCCGUGUGUUCAGAGACGAAAGCGAACUCAUGGCUCGGAAGCAGAUGAUCAGGUCGGAUGUGGUGGACACUGUCCCUGUUCCGGAUGAUGACUGGAUCACAGGCUUCAUCUUCAGGAGUAACGUGGCAUCGGAUAAUAACGGAGCUCGCAAGCCACAUGUUGUUGGAUUGGAGAUUCUCUUUGCGAAGCAAGGGCCUGUGAAACUUGGUGCUGGCAGAGCAGACACUUGCCGACUCUUUCAUGCGAGCGAGAACCACUUCAUUGUUGGAUUCAAUUUCCACCGUGACGACCAGGAUCAUAGCUUGACGCACAUGAAACUUCUUGAGCAGCCGCUGACGAACGUGGGAGACUGCUCACGCGUGGUCGGUAGAUUCGUUGGCGGCUAUAACACUACUCGCGGCCUCUGGGCUGGCGACCUACCGCCGAGGAACGUCUACACGUCUAAGAACAACCUGAGUUUGGCAUGGUCCUACAUGGGAUAUAACUACCCCACCGAAUGGCUGAUGCUGGGCGAAUCUGCAGAGGAGCAAGCGGAUAUCACUGGGAUCUCUGUUGACAGCCAGCUUGGUGGAUUUGAAGUCCAUUUUCAAAACCAGCCUACCCGGAGAAUAGGCUCAGCCUUCCACGCGAUGAAAUCUCUGUCUAUUGAUGGGCAGGGCGGCGAGCGAAUCACGCAGAUCUAUGUUUCUAGAUCAAACCAGCUGGGGAUGAUGUUCGUCACCAACCGCGGUCGCUGUCUCUCGCUGGGCACCUCGGUAUCUGGGUACGAACCGCUAACGUUUGGUGAUGAACACGACCCUGAUGCCUCCAGAGUUGCUGUCUGUGGCAUAUACGGGGAGUGGUGCGAGUACUUGGGGGCGAAGCAUCUGCUGAACCUUUUCGGUGCCUUUGGGUCGUCAGAGUUGCCUAUCUGCCAGGGCGAGACUACGCCCCUGCCACAAGACGGUGGCGGCUACUUCUGCGAACCCGAGAGGCCAUCAGCUCGACUGUUUGAAACUGGUCCCAUUUACGGACCAAGAACAUAUCAUGAGGUCGUGUCCUGGCCUGGGCGAAAAAGAGUAAGGAAGAUAGUGCCGUCCAAGGGGUGUGUGGUCAGCGCGCUCGAUGUCGACCGUCCCAUCAUGGAGGUGCGCGUUACUUUGGUGCAUAGCAACCCGAAGUAUACUGUCGCUCCCAUCGCAGCUAUCAGGUUCACGUACCUGGACGGAGAGAAGAUGGUCGUGGGACCGGAUAGAUUCUCCAACGACCCCAUAUGCCGGUGCUGCGAUGAGAAGACGAGCCUCCUCGAGGAGACGAAGAAAGUACCGCAUUAUCGACACGAAAUCUGGCGGCCUGGAGGUAAGAAACUGACCAAACUGCGAAUAUGGUCGUCUGAGACGGGGGCCCUGGGAGCCAUUCGUUUUGUGGCGGAAGGGGGAGCUGAAAGUCCUCUUUGGGGAUACUGGGGUUUCGAGACAGACGGGAAGGAAUGUGAAGAGCUGAGCUUUGUGGGAGAGCAGCGUGGCACGGCUAUUGGAUUGAAGGUGUUUUUCCAAGGUCUUGAGCGGGGGGGUCGAGGAGAUGAUACUGUGAUCGUCGCCUUCCAGGGGUUAGCUCAUACUUCAGCUUAG